CAUAUUUUAAAAUGUUAUACAGGAUGUUCCACUUAAUUCUCUUAUACAUAUAUUAAAUUAUUUUCUGGAUAAUUAUAUGUAUAGAAAAGAACACUGCAGACUUCAAUGACCUUGAGGUAUAUUAACAAAGAAGUCAUGUGAAGAAUUGUUAUCUAUGCAACCACUGUUCAGCUUUAAUUUGAGAUAUAUUAACAAAGAGGUAUAUUAACUGAGGUUGAUUAAUUGAGGUAUAUUAACAAAGAAGUCAUGUGAAGAAUUGUUAUCUAUGCAACUACUGUUCAGUUUUAAUUUGAAAUAUAUUAACAAAGAGGUAUAUUAACAAAGAAGUCAUUUUGAAGAAUUGCUAUCUACACAACCCCUAUUCAGCUUUAAUUUUAGAUGUAUUUUAAGUACAGCCUUGUAUACUUUCUGUAUAUUAAGAAGGAAAUUUAUGAAACAUGGAGUUGCCAAGAAUUUCUACCACAAGUCCGCAGGAUUUCAAAGAGGUUAACGACACUGUGCAAUAUAAUAGUCGUGUAACAGAGAAGCUAGGUUUAAUAUCGAAGACCCAGAGGCAUCCUAAGAAAAUUCUAAUAACAGAGUUUCCAAGUAUCCAAACGGAAGAUGUAUUCAAAAUAAUCAAACGUUCAGCUUCAAGCACCGAAAUCACCAUUCGAGCUCUACCAUUCUCGUUAAACGACUACAAAAUCUCAACCCUGCCACCCACGUUACCCACCCACACGAUCGUUCCAAGAAUUAUACGCGAUUUACUUGCUACAAACGAAUUAAGCGUAUUGCUCUUUCAAUUGUAAAACGCGUUUGCUACCGGCGUUACACAAGACAGGACAGAUGGUACCACUGGGUGCAGAAAAUUUUAUGGCGCAGAUUAAUGUAAUGUGGGAUAUAACAGACUUGGGAUUUAAGACUUAGGAUUUGGAUAUUGUAAGAUGAGAAAAUGAGGAUUUAUGGAUGUAGGGAUUUGGAAAUUUGGGGACUUGGAAAUUUAGGAAGAUUUGGAUUUGAGAAUUCAGGAGGAUGGAAAUUUGGAAAUUUAGAGGGCUGAGAGUAGGAGAUUUAGGGAUUUGAUGAUAGGGGAGUUGGAAGUAGAGGGUUUUGGGAAUUUGAGAAUGCAGGAGUUGGAAAUGAGGGAACUUGGGAAUUUAGAAAUUUGGGAGCUUGG